AUGCUCAAAAUCCGCCAAUUCCUUAUACUUGGGGCUUUGGUUCUCCAGGUCCCUGCCCUCGCCAGUGCCGAAUAUACCGAGAAGGUCUGGAGUGUUUUCGCCUACACUCUCUAUGGAGAUAGUACCCCUGACGCACUGCUUGAACAACAGCCGGCAGGCUUGUCGGCUUAUGGAGCCAGUCAACUUGCCGCUGUAGGAACGGCGUUUCGGGACCGCUAUGUGUCGUCGGCCGGGAGUACCAAUGCAACCGAGUUUGCAAUUCAGUCUAUCUCUGCAUCUGUUCUGAUGUCAAAGAACUUGGAGGUGCUUUCGACGACCGAUGAGAAUGUCAUUGCAUCAGCGCAAGCAUUUAUGAUUGGCCUUUAUCCGCCUCUGGGGGAGGAGAACAUGAACGCUACGGAUGCAAUCGUCAACGGAACUACUUAUACCGCACCUUUGGACGGAUAUCAAUUCCCUAAGAUUGUUACGCUUGGAAGCUCUGACCCCGGGUCCUUGUUUGUAGCAGGCCAGUCAGAAUGCACCAUGUACCAAGCUGCGGUGUCUGAAUAUCGGGACAGCGGGGUGGCCGCAGAAAUUACCCAGAACUCCGAAGUAUUCUACCAAGAGCUUCUGCAUGACGUAUUAGCUGGGGCUUACAAUGAAUCAACGGCAAUAUAUGCGAAUGCUGUUAGUAUUGCAGACUAUCUAGAAUAUGAGGUCUUGCAUAACAGCUCUACAUCGGACCAUCUAUUUGGUGAUGAUCUUAUCCGAGCGCGGUCCUUGGCGGAUCAGUUCAGCUAUGCUACCAAUGGACAGGACGAUUCAGCCCUGAAUGGAUCCACUAUUGGUGCAGUCGGCCCCAUUGCUGGUCAAACACUUGCGACCAGCAUCCUGGAGGCAUUCAAUAUGCACAUGGAAGAGGAAGGAAACGGCCACAAAAUGACGCUGCUCUUUGGUGGCGAUGAGCCUGCUGUGGCUUUGGCUUCCCUUGUGGGCUUAGCCAGUGACCAGCAGCCAAACUUCUACUCCCGUCCCGUCCGAGGCGCGUCGUUGGUUUUUGAACUGUAUAGCCUCGAGACCGACGGGGAUGAUGAUAGCUUCCCGGACAGUAGCGAUAUGUACGUGCGGUUCUUCUUGCACAACGGCACAGACUCUUCCACGGAAUUCGUUUCAUUCUCGCUUUUUGGAUACGGGCCCAGUCAAACCUAUCUCCCCUGGGAUGAUUUCCAGGAUGAAAUGGAAACCAUUUCGUUACAGUCAAUUGACGAGUGGUGUCUGCGUUGCAAUGCGAGCUCCGUAUUCUGUGCAGGAGCACUGGACCGCGGAGAUCCUACCCCCAAGAAGAAAGGUAUGGCGCCUGCAGUAGCCGGCGUCAUUGGAGCAGUCGUCACGCUUGUCGUGGUGGGGUUGAUAGCUGUGAUUGGGUUCUUCAUCUGUGGUUUCCGUAAGCGCGCAGAGAGAAAAAAGGGAGGUCACAAACCGAGCAUUGGAGGAUUUAAAGGAACUAGCAAGCUUGCUAGCGAUGUGGAUGUUUCUUUUCACAAUCCCAUCUGGGGAACCGACAAGGCUGCCAGCAUGGAGGAGGAUAAUGGGUUUGCUGCCGGUGUGGUCAUGCGUGGGCAGGAGCGCUUGGGAAGCUGGGAAAUGGGCCAGCAAAAGCCGGAGAUGGAGAACGUCCAGUCGACGACUCAGCGAGGGUCGUCGGUAGAUGAGGAUCCUGAUGAAUGGCGGCUUCAUAGUCGUAUGCAGCCUGUCAUGGUCCGCGAGAGUGUCUGA